AACUAUACGAAACGUUUCUGAAAACUAUUAGAUAACACUUUUUAAAAUAAGCAGAAGAAUGAAUAGAAAGAUGAGUUAUGGGUUACAUAAAGAUUUCGUCCAUAUACCAUAUUCAAAAAUAUUUCAAAAACUAGUUGUAAGUAACAAGUAAGUAUGAGUUAACACCAGGAGGCUAUAUAUAUGGGACCCAUGGAUCUAAAUAUUUACACAGCUCCAUAAUAGUCCAAUCCAAGUUUUAACUCACAUUGAUUCUUGUAACCUAUCCUUAAAAUUAUGAAGUUUACUUAAAUACGUCAUAAAAAUAUGUACAUAAUAUUUCUCAAUUUAUACUUACGUCAGUCAAACAUAAACCAACUAGAAAAUUAGUUAAAAAAAUCACAAAACUAUGAACUUUUGAAAAUUUUUAAAAUGGAUUUGAAUGUUAUUUCGGAUGAUACUAAAGUAAGAAAAAUUGAAGAUAUUAUAGAACUCCAGAAAGCUUCUGGAAAAAUAAAUGCACGACAAGUUCUUUUCCAAAUUCCGUCGGACACGGAAGGUAUAGGUUCAGAUAAUUUAACGAAAAGUUUAGACACCGGACUGUCAAAAAUAAAGUCUGAACUUCACAAACAUGCUAAAAAAACCCAAAGAAAAAUAAGUGCUUGCCGAACAUUAUUACCAGACGCGGUUUCUUGGCCAAGUGACUCUGAUAUAACAGUUUUAAGAAUGAAAUUAUGCCUUAACAACAAUUUGAAAGAAAAAGUAUUAAUUCCCGGAGAUGGUCUUCAUCAACCUAAUAGUUCUUCAAUGAUAAAUCUGGCAACACUAAUGUUGCAAUCACCACAACCUUCCAAACACAGUAUUUUUGAAGAAAUGUUAUUCCCUUUGUCUUCUUGGGAAGGGUCUGAAUUGGAAACAAAGAGUGAAACUAAACAAAAAUCCCCUAAAUUCACUUACAACACAGCAGUCCUUCAUGCCACAUGUAGUCAAUAUGGCAGUAAAGCAUUUUCAAAAGCGAGUGAUUGUACGAAUCUUGAUACAAAAUCAAAAGUAGCGAGAUUUUUUCGUCUUUACUUUUGCCCUUGUUGUUCUUGUUUGUAUAACAUGGAGAAGAUGCGAGAGGAGCCAUCUGCGUAUUUCACCAAGAAUUCGAAGUGAACACGUUUGAUUGUAAAUAAAAAAAUGUAAAAAUGUGAUUGUAUACCUCAUCGAGCUUUAUGUUUUAAUGACGCCUGUGAAUAAACAUUGGCAAUUUCUAUACUUUCAUAACGUAGUUUUAAUCUUUCCGUAGCAACGUAAUUAUAACUGUAUGUAUAAUCCGUUGUUCAUUAUCAAAUUAGUUCUUGUGUGUUAUAAGUCAGAAACAGUAAUAAUGAUUGUUACGAGGAUACAUAAUUAUCGCUACAAAAAGUACUAAUCAUGUUAUAGCAUCGUUUAAGAUUGAUUUUUUAAAUAUUUUAUCGUGUCCUAAUAAAUGUGACUGUUAUUUUGUUAUUUUGUCUUAGUGCAUACAAUGCCUAAUAAGACUAUAUUCUUUAAUAUUUUAAGCAUAAUCAGAUGAACGUUCCGCCGCGCUGUGCUCUCCCGAUUGUCUUUUUUUUCUAUAAUAAGUACCACUUUCAAUUCACAGCUUUGAAUUCGUUUAAUCAGAAAAAUAAUCGCCUUUGCGUUGUUCGAAACUAAGGUUUAAAAACAGUUCAAAAGUUUUGAACGACCUAUUUUUGAAUCAACCCAUCAGUAUACUUUAUAUAUAGU